AUGGAAGACCAGGCGGCAAUCCACGCUCUCCUCACGUUACUCCGUUCUGGGCCACUCUACUACGACCUCGUUGUCCAUCCCCCCAAAACUUACAAAGAGGCCAUUACUCGGGCCAGGCACCAUGCGGACGCUAUAAAGGCUAACAUGGCGAAUACACGAGAAGAGCAGCCGAUCGGUCGGGAUAAAGGUCAUGACCCAAGAAGAGAUCGACAGCGUUUUAAGCAACGUGCCCGACAAGAGGAUGGACCACGAUUCACCCCGUUAACCAAACCCCUAGUGGAGGUCUUGCAAUAUGCCGAGCAAUGCAACCUGGUCCAUCCACCCGAUCCGGUACCCGAAGGACCAGAUAAGAACAAGUACUGUGUUUUUCACAAAACGAAGGGUCAUGAGACAGCGGAGUGCAUCGCCCUACGUCUGGUCAUUGAGCAACUCAUUCAAAAUGGAGAAUUGGAGCAGUUCGUAAAGAAAGACGAACGUGACAAAGGAAAGUUCAAAAAGAACGUUUGGAAGAGGAACCCCAAGGGGCAAUCGAAUGCGCCCGGUCUGCACGGGUUAAGUGACGACAAGGCGGCUGGAAAGAAGCCAGUUAUUCAUGUUAUCUAUGGAGGACCAGAAGGAGGAGACUCUUCUCGCCAAAGAAAGCAAUGGGCGAGAAAUUUGUACGUCGGGUCGGUCCACUCGGAACCCCGGGAGAAGAAGAAACGUGUAGAGCUGAUAUUCUUCACUGACGAAGAUCUUCCUAUCCACGGGGAAGCCCACAACGACUCACUCGUCAUCACAAUGGACAUCAAUGGGACGAACGUCCAAAGAAUACUAGUUGACACGGGAAGUUCAGUAAAUAUUUUAUACUUCGACGUCUUCACCCAACUAGGUCUGUCGACUGACCAGUUGACCCCCAUAUGGACCCCGCUGUCUGGUUUCACAGGCGACUCCAUAGAGGCAGAAGGAGUGAUUAGUUUGAAUGUGGAGUUACGCACCCAACCAAAUGUCUUGAUGACUACCAUGGAGUUCGUGGUGGUCAAGUUGAAAUGUAUUCACAAUGCAAUACUUGGUCGACCCGGCAUUUCCCAAGCAGCCGCUGUCAUAUCAAUGAAUCACUUGUGCAUGAAACUCCACACACCCAAUGGGAUCGGAGUGGUUCGAGGAGACCAGCGAGCGGCCCGUCAGUGCUACGUGCAUGCAGUGAAGCAGUCCGAUCGCGAGGAUGCAAGGAUUCACACCAUCUCUCAACAAGUCGACCAAGGAGAAGUCAAAGAGAAGCCGCAACCAGCUUCGAAAGUAGAGGAGAUCAUGCUCAACCCUAGCCGGCCAGAGCGGGUGGUCAAGAUCGAUCGGAACCUCCUGGCCGGCCUACGGGAGGACAUUAUCAAAGUUUUACAAAAGUUUAAAAAUAUCUUCGCUUAG